AUGUUGGCCCCAAACACAUCGAAUGAGCUCUACCUAGGACAGGCCCGGGCCAGUGGCAGCACAAAAGACUGCAUGGCCCUCUACGACCGAUGGGCCGAAACCUACGACGAGGAAGUCACCGACGAAGCACAGAACUAUGUCGCCCCAGUACUCGUCGCCCAAGCCGCCAUCAGAUACGGACUGUCCAAAGGCACCACAGACAGCGUUGUCCUAGACGCCGGCUGUGGAACAGGCCUCGUGGGCGUGGCGCUCGGAGCCACGAAAGCAAAGGCAAUUGAUGGAAUCGAUCUAUCACUGCCAAUGCUUGCCGUCGCCCGGAAGACCGGCGUCUAUCGGGACCUCUCGGUAGCGGAUAUGAACGCACCGAUUGCCAAAGCCGACGAGACAUAUGAUGUUGUGUCUUGCGUUGGCACAUUCACACUCGGCCACGUUGGUCCGAAUCCCGCAUUGCGAGAGCUCAUCCGCGUCACCAAGACAAAGGGUAUCGUGGUUUCAACAAUCCUUGAAGAGAUCUGGGUUCCUGGCGGGUUCCAGGCCGAGGUUGAGAAGCUCAAGGCGGAGGGAUUGGUCAAGGUUGUCACCGACGAACUUAUAGACUAUGUAAAAGGGCAUGGCGACAAGGCCGUGCUACUUAUCCUAGAGAAGAUCGAGAGGAUCUGA